AACGCUUUCCUCUAAGAUGGCCGCGCCCACGGCGCUGCGGCCUAACGUCUCAGACGUAAAGUGCACAACGGGCGCCGCCAUCUUUCUUCGUUCCGCGCGCCGGCUGAACGCGCCAUGCUGGCCUUGAAUAGGCACCGGCCUCUGAAAUGUUACGCAGUUAGCACAGCAUUGUUGUCCGUUCCUCGCAACGACGAGGUAGAAGCAUUGAGGUGGCCGGGAAUGAUUUGGAUUUCUCCCCACAGCCGUUAUGGCCCCUCCCGUCAGAAACGUCGAAGUAGGCGUGGCCUUGUUACGUCAUAGAGCGGGGCGGCAGCCGGAACUCGGAAAUCCGGCAGCGCGCCAGGGUCCUCGGCGGACUGUUGGGUCCCAGCCCGUCAGCGUCUUCAGGGAUCGCGAAGCAGGGCGUCCGAGUAGGAAGUGGUUUCGGACGUGGGCUCAGCCUUUAGUCGCUGCCACGGAUGUGUAGACAGCUUCGGGAUCAGCCCACAGGUCCUGGCUCCCCAGGAGCAAGAGAGACCAAGUGAAGGAAUGAGAGAAGAGAGAGGAGAUUCUUGGACUUGGAUAUCUUCAUUUCUGGGGACAACUUUAACUGGACACCAAGAUUUCUGCCUAUAAGAACCUCAUGACAGAUGCAGGAGAGACAAAAGACUUAGAAUCCGUGUCACUCACUAUUUCCAGAGCACAGAGGAAAAUGAUCGAGGCCCAGGAAUUGGUGACAUUGGAGGAUGUGGCUGUGAAGUUCAGUUGGGAGGAGUGGCAGCUCCUGGACCCUGCUCAAAAAGACCUGUACCGAGACGUGAUGUUGGAGAACUAUCACAAUCUGGUGUCGCUGGGGUAUCAAGCUACCAAACCAGAUGUGCUCUUCAAGUUGGAACACAGAGAUGAACUGUGGAGAAUAGAGGAGGAAAUCCAGACUAAAACCUGUCCAGGAAUUGGGAAAGUUGACAGGCAUCUGCAAGAGCACUUUCAAAACCAAAGAUAUCUGAAGAGCGUGCCACAAUGCAGUGAACAGAAUGCAUUUAGAAAUAUUGUUCAUCUGAGCAAAACACAUUUUGCCCUAAUGCAAAGUCGUAUGUUUGACUUAUGUAGAAAAGCUUUGAAGUCAAGUCUAAGUUUAGUUGACCAGAAGAGAAGAUAUGAAAUAAAGAACCUUAUUGCAUUUAAUAGAGAUGAGAAAUCCUUUCUACAUGAUAAUCAUGAACAGUUGUGUUCUGGAAUUAAAUACCCUGAAAGUGCAAAACAAGCCAGCACUAAAUUCCACAUCUUUAAGCAUCACGGGAUUCACAAAAUAGAGAAACCCCCGGCAGGCAUUGAAGGUGAGAAAACCUGCAUGAGGAAGUCUCAGCUCAAUGACAGUGAGAGCCUUCCUACAGGUGAGAAACCCCAAGGAUGUGAUCCGUGUGGGAAAUCUUCCUCCAGAAAUGCCACAUUCACGAAACAUCAGAAAACUCAUACAAGAGACAAACCGUCUGCAACCAAUGAAUGCUUAAAGGGCUCCACUGGGAAAAGCAGUCUCAUGGUACAUCAGCAAAUCCAUACAGGAGAGAAAUCCUAUAUAUGCAGUGAGUGUGGAAAAGGCUUUACAAUGAAGCGCUAUCUAAUUGCACAUCAGCGAACUCAUAGUGGCGAGAAACCUUAUGUAUGCAAUGAAUGUGGAAAAGGCUUCACUGUGAAGAGCAAUCUCAUUGUGCAUCAGCGAACUCAUACAGGGGAGAAACCCUAUACAUGCAGUGAGUGUGGAAAAGGCUUUACCAUGAAGCGCUAUCUUGUUGUACAUCAGCGAACUCACACUGGAGAGAAACCCUAUAUAUGUGAUGAAUGUGGAAAGGGCUUCACGGUGAAAAGUAAUCUCAUUGUCCAUCAGCGAUCUCAUACAGGGGAAAAAUCUUACAUAUGCAGUGAAUGUGGCAAAGGCUUCACUGUGAAGCGCACUCUCAUUAUACAUCAGCGAACCCAUACAGGAGAGAAAUCUUACAUAUGUAAUGAAUGUGGCAAAGGCUUCACCACCAAGCGCACUCUCAUUAUACAUCAGCGAACCCAUACAGGAGAGAAGCCCUAUGAAUGCAAUGAAUGUGGGAAAGCCUUCAGCCAGAAGAUAUGCCUCAUACAACACGAGAGGUGUCAUACAGGAAAGACGCCCUUUGUAUGUACUGAGUGUGGAAAGUCCUAUUCGCACAAAUAUGGUCUCAUUACCCAUCAGAGAAUUCACACAGGAGAGAAACCCUAUGAGUGCAGUGACUGUGGGAAAGCCUUCACUACAAAGUCGGUACUCAAUGUACAUCAAAGAACUCAUACAGGGGAGAGACCUUAUGGGUGCAGUGAUUGUGAGAAAACCUUCUCCCACUUGUCAAACCUUGUUAAACAUAAAAAAAUGCACAUAAGAGAAAUGGGUAGAUUCAGUCAAGUUGGAAAUUCCUUUAAGAGAGAACCAGAGUUCAUUACUUUAAGGGAAGUCACACAGAACAAAAACCCUGUUAAUGCAGUAACCAUGGAAAUGCCUUCUGUGACAUCUAAGACUUCAUUAAACAUCUGCUUUCAGACGGAUCGGGAUAUAGCCGUGGUACUGCCUGUUGUGGGAUGUGUGCUCUGAGGAGAUAAAGGGUUUGCCCUGGAGAUAAACCUGGUGAAUACAGUGAAUAUGGUAGUGCCUUUAGUGAUCCUUACCUCACAUUUUCUGUCAGUGAAAACAUGUUGGAAAAACCUCGAGCUUAUGCACAUUAUGUCCGUUUUCAUCAAGGGUGCAGUUGACAAGAAAUGGGACAGUUUCGGUGACCUCCCAUCGUCCCAGCCAUCCCUGCUCAGGAGCGCAAAACCGGCCUCUUUGCCCCCGUACGGCCGAGAUUCAAAGAUGGCCGCCCCCAGGGGCCGCUGCGAGGGCGCGGCCAUGUUACCUCUGAGGACAACUCUGAAAUCCAGAGGUGUCUUCUCUGCAGACGUGCCUCAGACCCUCGUGGGCCACCGUACGGCGAUGGUGAGCGAAGCGGACCAAGUUCAGCUAAGUGAGUUCACCGCCCGCGGGUCGCGAGGAGCUGAACACAGAGCUUCCCAGUUAGCAGCCAUUUCGCAAAAUCGGAAGAAAAUGAUCCAGUCCCAGGAAUCCCUGACAUUUGACGAUGUGGCUGUGGAGUUCACCUGGGAGGAGUGGCAGCUCCUGGCCCCUGCUCAGAAGGACCUGUACCGGGAGGUGAUGUUGGAGAGCUACAGAAACCUGGUGUCACUGGGGUAUCAAGCCAGCAAACCAGAUGCGCUCUUCAAGUUGGAACGAGGAGAAGAACUGUGGACAGGAGAAGAUGAAACCCCCAGUCAAACCUGUCCAGAAAUCAGGAAAGUUGAUGAUCCUCUGCAGCAUCACUUGCAAAAUCGAAGCAUUCAGAAGAGUGUGGAACAAUGCUGCGAACAUAAUAUGUUUGCAGAUAUUGUUAAUUGGAGUGAAAGUCCUUUCGUGUUAAAGCAAAAACGUGCUGUGUUUGACUUACAUGAAAAAACUUUAAAAUCAAAUUUAAGUUUUGAAAACCAGAACAGAAGCUGUAACUUAAAGAACUCUGUUGAGUGUAAUGGAGAUGGGAAAUCUCUUCUCCAUGCUAACCGUGAACAAUUUUGUACAGAAAUUAAAUUCCCUGUAAGUGCAAAACCUAUCAAGAAUAAGUCCCAGGUCAUUAAGCAGCAGAGAGCUCACAACAUAGAGAAAGCCCAUGUAUGCAAUGAAUGUGGGAAAGCCUUCCUCAAGAUGUCUCAGCUCAUUGAUCAUCAGCGAGUUCACACUAGAGAGAAACCUCAUGGGUGUAGUAUGUGUGGGAAAGCAUUCUCCAGAAAAUCCAGGCUAGCUGAACAUCAGAGAAUUCAUACAGGACUGAAAUAUUAUGAAUGCACUGAAUGUGACAAAACCUUCCUCAAGAAAUCACAGUUCAAUACACAUCAGAAAAGUCACAUGGGAGAGAAGCCUUAUACAUGUAGUGAAUGUGGGAAAGCAUUCAUCAAAAAGUGUCGGCUCAUUUAUCAUCAGCGAACUCAUACAGGAGAGAAACCCCAUGGAUGCAGUCUAUGUGGGAAAGCCUUCUCUACAAAGUUUAGUCUCACUACACAUCAGAAAACUCAUACAGGAGAGAAACCUUAUAUAUGCAGUGAAUGUGGAAAAGGCUUCAUUGAGAAGAGGCGUCUUAUUGCACAUCAUCGAACUCAUACUGGUGAGAAACCCUUUAUAUGCAGUGAAUGUGGGAAAGGUUUCACCUUGAAGAACAGUCUUAUUACACAUCAGCAAACUCAUACAGAAGAGAAACUGUAUACAUGCAGUGAAUGUGGAAAAGCCUUUUCAAUGAAGCACUGUCUCAUCGUACAUCAGCGAACUCAUACUGGAGAGAAACCCUACAUAUGCAAUGAAUGUGGAAAAGGCUUCACCUUGAAGAGCCCUCUCAUCAGACAUCAACGAACACAUACAGGAGAGAAACCCUAUGUAUGUAGUGUUUGUGGAAAAGGCUUCACCAUGAAGAGUGAUCUCAUUGUCCAUCAGCGAACUCAUACUGCAGAGAAACCAUAUAUAUGCAGUGAUUGUGGGAAAGGCUUCACGGUAAAGAGCCGCCUGAUUGUCCAUCAACGAACUCAUACAGGAGAGAAACCCUAUGUAUGUAGUGAAUGUGGGAAAGGCUUUCCAGCAAAGAUUCGGUUGAUUGGACAUCAACGAACUCAUACAGGAGAGAAACCCUAUAUAUGCAGUGAAUGUGGAAAAGGCUUCACAGAGAAGAGUCAUCUUAAUGUACAUCGGCGCACCCAUACGGGAGAGAAACCCUAUGUAUGCAAUGAAUGUGGGAAAGGCUUAACUGGGAAAAGCAUGCUCAUUGCACAUCUGCGAACUCAUACUGGAGAGAAACCGUAUAUAUGCAAUGAGUGUGGAAAGGGCUUCACCAUGAAGAGUACUCUAGGUGUACAUCAGCAAACUCAUACUGGAGAGAAACCGUACAAAUGCAAUGACUGUGGUAAAGCCUUUAGGAAGAAGACUUGCCUAAUUCAACAUCAGAGAUUUCACACAGGAAAGACUUCCUUUGCAUGUACUGAAUGUGGGAAAUUCUCUUUGCGCAAAAAUGACCUCAUUACCCAUCAGAGAAUUCACACGGGAGAGAAACCAUAUGAGUGCAGUGACUGUGGGAAAGCCUUCACUACAAAGUCAGGGCUCAAUGUUCAUCAAAGGAAACAUACUGGAGAGAGGCCCUAUCGAUGCAGUGAUUGUGGGAAAGCUUUUGCCCACUUGUCAAUCCUUGUUAAACAUAAGAGAAUUCACAGGUAGUCACUUUGGGAAAGCCUGUUGCCAGUUGUAGGCCCUCAAGAUAACAGUAUGCAAUGAAGAAUAACAAUGCAAAGAAUGUGGUCUUGUCUUUAGUGAUCAGUUACCUCAUAUUUUAUGUUGAAAAAACUUAGAAAACAACUCAGAUACAAUCAGCCUUGAUGAAAAUAUUUUAGGACCUAUGUCUAAAAAGUGUAUGCUGAGAUAAAUCCUAUGAAAGUGAUAGACUAGGAAUGCCUUCAGGAGAAGUAGACCCUAUCAUCUGUGAUCAUCAAUCAAUCAUGAAUGAAUAUUUCUAAUUUGUAGAGAUAUAAUUGUGGGAAAGCCUUUGCCUAGAAGUGACACCUCAAUAGAUGUGGGUUCACAGUAGAGAAAUACAUUCCUUUGGCAAUGAAUAUGGCAGAGUUUACAGUAAUAUAUAUUGCCUCAUCAUUUUCCAGGAAAUCCAUAUAGAAAUAUCUUAUGAACACAUUCAAUGUGGUGGAGUUUAGGAAAAUAUCAGACAACGAAGGAAAGAAAUCUUGGAGAAAUGGUGAAUGACAGCAUUUUGUCACAAGUCUAAACUUAGAUAAUACACCUCACAAGCAAUUGGGGACAAGAUACCUUCAGCCGUAUUUAUAGUGGCCUUGUCAUUGGUUUUAUAAAUUUUCAAUAGUGGCAGUUACUCUCAUCAUGGAUUAAAUUUUAAUGUAUACAAUGCAGGAGUGUUCUGUGUCUAUUUCAUUAUAAAAUUAACUUGUGUUU